UAUUAUGAUGAGUAUAUUACGAGUAUAAGAUAUGGGGUCGUGGACGGAGAAGCAAAACAAGGUUUUUGAGAAUGCAUUGGCUAUUUUCGACAAGGACACGCCGGAGAGGUGGCGCAACUUGGCCAGGGCGGUGGGCGGCGGCAAGACGGAGGAGGAAGUGAAGAGGCACUAUGAGAUGCUGGUGGAGGAUGUCGGCCACAUCGAGUCUGGCCGAGUCCCUUUGCCUGAUUACCAAGACGUACGACCGCCGUGUGCGGCGAAGAACCUCCAGUCCACCACCACCCGCGGCGCAGCUGGCGCCAGCUAUGCAGUGAUCGUCAUCAAGGACCGAAAAAUGUAAUUUCUGAGUCACAUUUUAUUUACCAAAAUUAAAGGUUGUUAAUGUGCGGAGUAUGUCACAAGUUAAACAUGUUCAUUAAUUAAGCAUGCUAUCAAGCACAGCCACUCAUAAAUAUGAAAACUGCUUUUCAGAGUAUCUUUAUAUCUUGGGAGUUUCGUUUUCGAUUAAUUAAUGUUUGUAAUUUUG